AUGGUCGCACCGAACACGGCGCUGGAGAACGUCUUUGGGACACUGGGAGCAGUAUGCUGGUCGAUCCAGCUCGUCCCGCAAAUCUGGAAGUCCUGGCGGAAGAAGGACACGGCGGGGUUGUCGACGGGAAUGAUGUUGAUUUGGUUCGUUUCGGGCAUCUGGCUCGGAGCGUACUGCUACACCUCCGGCCUCUCCGUUCCCCUGGUCGUACAACCCCAAGCCUUCUGUCUCUUCUCCGCGAUCGCCUGGGCGCAAUGCCUCGUCUACGACAGCAAGUGGAAGACCUGGAAGGCUGUCAGCAUUGCCACCUUUGUCUGCGCUCUGGCGGCCGGAAUCGAGGCGGCAUUGAUCUUUGGGACUAAGGCCCUACAAGACCGCGGUAACAACAAGAUGAACCAAGCGCUGGGCAUCAUUGCCGCCGUGUUCAUCGUUGCUGGCCUCCUUCCCCAGUACUGGGAAGUCUACAAAUACCGCGCCGUAAUCGGCAUCUCCCUCGUCUUCCUCCUCGUCGACCUCCUAGGGGGAGUCUUCUCCUUCCUCUCACUCGUCUGGACGCCCCCUCCAUUCGACACCCUCGCCUGCGUCUCAUACUCGGGCGUUGUGGGGUUGGAAAUUGGGAUCUUCGUGUUGGCGGCGGUACUGAAUCCGGGGUAUUGGAGGAGGAAGAGGGAGGAGGAGGAGAGGAGGAAGUUGGAGGAGGGGACACUGGCGGCUGGUGAGGGCGAGGUGUCUGGCUCGGAGGAAAAGAAGCAAGUGGGAAUGGGUCAACGGACGGAUACAGGCGCGACGCUGGCAUCUACGUCGGCGGAGGAAGGAGCGGCGGGCGAGAAGGUCGUGAGGACGAUGAGUGAGGAGGAGCGGAUACAGCGCGAGGCUGGGUUUGGGUGGUUGGGCGAGCAGGAGCAUAUUCCGCAUCCGCAUUUGCAUCAUCACCAUCAGCAGCAUGAGGCGGUAGACGGGCGGGCGUAG